AUGGCCGGGGCGGGGCCGGGGCAGGGUCAAGGCAGGGGUCGGGGCAGGGCCGGGGUCGGGGUCGAGGCAGGGCCGAAAGGGGCAGCGACGGGGCCGCAAGGGGCGGCGACGGGGCCGCUGGAGGCGGCGACGGGGCCGAUAGGGGCGGCGACGGGGCCGCUGGAGGCGGCGACGGGGCCGCUUGAGGCGGCGACGGGGCCGAUAGGGGCGGCGACGGGGCCGCGAAGGGGCCGCGAGGGGCGUGAAAGGUCGGCGACGGGGCCGGUAGGGGCACGACGGGGCCGCUGGAGGCGGCGACGGGGCCGCAAAAGGCGGCGACGGGGCCGCUGA